AAGGAAGGGAGGAAUGGAGGAAGGCUUCUCCUGAGGAGAAACUGGAACUGGGAGGAGUUUGAGGGCCAUUGGAGGAGGAGAUCACACCUCCAUGUUGUUUGAGAAGUGUUUGGUGAAAGUUUGUUGAAGUGUGAAGAGAGGAAGAACGGGGUUCUCUCUGUCUUUUUUCUCAUAACUCCUGUUUACCUGCUGUUUCCAGGCUCCUGAGAUCUCGAUGGCGGCCGCUGGCGCUGUGCUCCCCGCUCUGCUGGAGCUUAAAGCCCGCCUGGCUGUGGGCUGUUAGCCGGCUGGAGAAACCUGAGCGCGGAAUGAAGCGGUCUGAUGGUCCAGUCUUAUGGGAGGAAGUUCAGCUGGGGUAGCUAGGCCUGCUGUACGGAGGGGAAAGUAGUUAUGGCGGUGGGAGAGCAGGCUGAAGGGACAGUAGUCCAUGUUUACGAGCAGGUGGUGAUUUUGUUAUCGUGUGUGUUCUCGUUCCUCGGCUCUCUCCUGAUCAUAUGUACCUACGCCACAUGGAGGGACCUGAGAACCACCCCCAGAAAGCUGCUGGUGUUCCUCUCAGUCUCAGACCUGUUGUCUGCCCUCUCCUACUUCUAUGGAGUUCUGAAGGAUUUCACCUCCAACACCAGGGAUUGCAUUGCGCAAGGAGCCAUCUCCACUUUCGCCAACACCAGCUCCUUCUUCUGGACUGUGGCCAUCGCCAUUUACCUGUACAUAUUGAUAGUGAAGGCCAGUCAGAGGCUGGCUGACAGCCUGGUGCUGUACUUCCACCUGAUCAGUUGGGGUGUUCCUCUUGCCAUCACAGUAGCAGCUCUGGCCCUGCAGAAGAUAGGCUACGAUGCGUCUGAGGUUUCUGUAGGCUGGUGCUGGGUGAGCAUUCAGCAAGAUGAUCACGUGCUGUGGAUGUUGCUGACAGGCAAGAUAUGGGAGUUCCUUGCUUAUCUCACGCUUCCUGUCCUUUAUAUCCUCAUCAAAAUCCACAUCCACAAAGCACAUGCAGCCCUUUCAGAGUACCGGCCUAUCCUGGCCACUAGCCCCACAUCCCAGUCCAUGUCCUCCAUCGCAGACAGAAAGCUCACCCUCAUUCCCAUCAUCUUCAUCGCCCUGCGCAUGUGGAGCACCGUCCGCUUCCUGCUCCUGCUCACCGGCUCACCUGCCAGACAGAACCCUGUGCUGGUAAUUUUACAUGGAAUCGGGAACACUUUUCAGGGAGCAGCCAACUGCAUCAUGUUUGUGUUGUGCACCCGGCCGGUGCGCGCGAGACUCAUCGCCGUGCUCUGCUGCCGUUCACGAGGAUCCCAGAGCAGCUCGGACACGCUGUCCCAGCGCACGGCCCAAACGCACACGGACGAGCCCAGCAGCCCCCACACCUGGGAGGAAGAGGAGGAGGAGGGGGAUUAAACUUUAAAACACAAAAAAAAGCCCACUAGUGUCUCAUUGACCUUCAGUGCCUCGGCCAGAACACCACUACUACCACAUUUAACCGAGCGGAGCAGUGCUGCAAGACAGUGGCCUUUUGCAGCAGGGUUGCUGAUCUGUGAAGUGAUGACAUCAUUGCUUUCCGCAGGGAGGAAGGAGAGUGAGAAUGAGUGUGCAUGUACUAUAGGUACCGGUAUGUAUAUGUGAGUGAGUGUGUGUGUGUGUGUGUGUGUAUGUGAGGUGGUAAAGUCCACCUUUUUAAACUCCACCUUCUACUGGUUUCACCGAGUGCCUUCGGGGAUUAAAGAAGACUGCAGUCGUCACAUGAUUCGGGCCCCAGAGCCCGAGUGCACUUUAUAUAUUAGCGCUGUAGCUCGGCACUUUCAGAGCGAGCCACUCCACUGUGUUUCGCAUGCUGCUAUGCUGCUGCCGACACAGAUGUUUGUCUAUUUUUUAAAUAUAUAAUUUUUUUUUUUUUCUUUCCAGUUCAUUUUCUGUGGGAAUCAAAUCUCUGGCUCAGGGACGCGAGGAUUCAGAGGUCAUUCAUAAUUUAGUGACCAAAACGGCAGAUGUACUGUAAAGCCGCUGUUCACACACCUCAUCAUUUUCGUCCCUUCCCCCCCCCCCCCCCCCCCCCCCCUGACUCUGCACAUUUUACUAUAUGCAGGGCUGCUUACAGUGGAACUGUGUUCUGUUUUUUAAACAGGGUUGGAUAAUGCAGCAUGUCUUCCUUUAACUGUACAAAGACUGUAAUAAAUUAUCGUCGCUCGCCCACAAAAACCUUGUAUCUCUGAAGAGAGGGGGGAAAAACCUUCUUAGCUUUCAAUGAGAGCGCUCGCUUGUACUUCACAAUCCGAUUAGGGGUGGAUUCCUGCAGAUAUUUGACUAUUCAAACAUUUUAUAAAAGAACGGCAUCCAAAAAUUUGUUUUAUUGCAGAUUUUGCUCCUGUAAUCGUAUUUCUCAGUUAAUGCAUCCUCAGAUUUCCAGAAAUAAGACAAGACAAGACAAGUUUAGUUUUUAUAUGGUGUGAUUUUUGUUUAUCACAUCUUAUUCUGUAAUUUUAUUACAGAUCUUUUGCUUAUUAUUGACUCACUAGAGUCUGAUUACCUUAGUUAAAAACACAUAAACGCCUUGGUCGGAUUACUCCAAACAAACUCCAAGGAUCUGCCGUAAUUGGAUCAUGAAGUGCAUGUUAAGGCAUAAACUGGAUGUCAGUGUUUAAAACAUUUUUUUUCAAGUCAUUUUGGAGCAUUCCUAUUGGUCCAUUCAUCAAGAAAUAGAACAACUGCCAGAUUCACAUUGUCAAAAAGCACAAAAAAAGCAACGAAUGGAGAUACAGGGUUAUUGUUUUAAUAAUCAUAUACAUAUACAGCGACGAAGGAUUGCUUUUUAUUUUUCUAUAGUUUUUUUUAUACUGUGUUAUCUCACAUACAACAGAGUGUACUGUACUGUACUGUAACACAUUGUCGUCUGGUAUAAUGUGCAUUAUCUUUUUUUAGCAGUACCGCUCCAGGUCAUUUACCAUUUUAGUCUCGUAUUCAAGAGGAAUUUAGGUCAAACUCGUAGCUUUUCCUCUUAAAAUACACUCAAAAAGGGCAAUGUGUGUCUUUUACACAGUGCGCUUGUGUGUGUUCUAUACAAAGAGGCAUUUUCUGAGCAUGUCACGCUUUCUGGUUUCAGUAAAGUCACACUGAGCAAUAGAUUAAUUGUGCUUUUUGUUCUUUUUGAGGAACCGUGACUUUGAAACUAGUUUCACAGCCUUUCUCUAGUCGUCUCUUAUAAAUGCUGAUGUUAUGGUCAGUCUCAUUUGAAUAUUCAUGAAGCCCUUUGGUAGAUCUGAACUGCGUCCACCGCAAAUCUUCUGCUCCACAAAUCUCCUGCAGGCUAGUCUGUGUCCCUGCACAUCAGAUCCAGCCAUCCAGUCAUCCAAGUCAGUGCGUCUCUCUCUCUUGGAGUUUAAAAGACUGUUUUGGCUGGGCUUUAGCUAAAACAGACACACAGUAAAUAUUUAAUCACACAGAGAGAGAUGGUCCGUCACUACAGGCCUUCCCACAGACAAAACUGAGGAAGACUCUGCUGUAGCAGCAGCAGCAGCAGCUUUUAGCUGUAGCAGAAAGCGCUCUGGAAGCACGAGUUCAGAUAAAAAGCAUGACGCUGCAGAGGGAAGGGGAAGUGUGUGCUGGGAACAUGCUGGCGGAACAUGCGAGGGCAGAUACGAGGACGUGCCAGAGCAGACGAGAUUAUUUACACUGCCGCAUGCCCUCAGGUCGCAGCUGUUGACGAGCACGUCUUGUGAUUUCUUAGUAACAACAGCUGAUUAAGUGGGUGGAAAUAUUUUUUUAGCUUGCUUGUUUGUUUGUUGUAGCUUGUGGCAUUGAAAUUCAAUAUAAGCACCAC